AUGACUGCACCUAACGCUAAGAAGCAGCGAGUGAUUAACUGUGUCUCCCAAUUGCCUUACAGGAUUCAGUUGAAUGAGUCCAAAGAUACCUGGAGAUUGCUCCCUCAGGCGGGCAACUCGGCGCUCUUCUCCUCAUUGGAUUACUUGCAGGAAUCCGAUGAGUACGAACAGCUGGUCGUGGGGUGGACAGGUGAGAUUACUAGGGAGACGGAUCUCGCUGAACAGUUUGGAGCUGAUGUUACCAUGACGAAUAACGACGACGACAGCGAGACACCCGUUGUGCCGGAUUCCAAUGCGGAUGAGGCAUUGUACUUGACCCCAGAACAAAUGGACAAGCUGACAGAAGUCAUGAACGCGCAGAACAAGAAGAACUUCAACCCGGUUUGGUUGCUAAGGAAGAACCAGAGUAGAUGGAGACAGUACGCGGAGAAAACCAUCUGGCCUACUUUCCACUACAUUCUCAACCCUUUGCUCAUCGAGGCGGAUAACAAUUCCGGGAGCAGUGCGCCCGCUCCAAGUGCGAAGAAGGGAUCCAACCCUGCAGCCCCAGGGGGCGUCCCAGCACCAAAGGAGAGUGUCCCCACGGGGGAUGAGGAGAAGAACAGCUGGUGGUACGACUACGUUAAGUUCAACGAAGCGUACGCGAUGAAGAUCGGCGAGAUCUAUCAACCAGGUGAUGUCAUCUGGAUCCACGACUACUACUUGCUCCUAUUGCCACAGUUGCUCAGAAUGAAGUUCGCAAACGAUAACGUCAAGAUCGGAUACUUCCACCACGCACCUUGGCCAAGUUACGAGUAUUUCAGGUGUCUACCACGGAGGAAACAGAUCCUGGACGGGCUAGUGGGAGCUAACUUGAUAACGUUCCAAAACGAACAAUUCUCCCGCCAUUUCGUAUCCUCUUGCAAGAGAUUGUUGGACUGCACCUCGAAGAAGAAGAAGAGCGACAAGGGGGCCGAUCAGUACCAGAUUAGCGCAUACGGUGGUGACCUGAUCGUGGACUCCUUGCCCAUUGGGGUUAACAAAAACCAGCUGAUCAAGGACGCCUUCACAAGCGACAUAGACUCAAAGGUCCAAGCUAUCAAGCAGGCGUACCAGAACAAAAAAAUCAUCAUAGGGAGAGAUCGUUUGGAUUCGGUUCGCGGUGUUGUUCAAAAACUACGCGCCUUUGAAACUUUCUUGACAAUGUUCCCCGAGUGGAGAGAACAGGUCGUCCUGAUCCAGGUGUCCUCCCCAACUGCAAACAGAGACUCCCCACAGACCAUCAGACUGGAACAGCAAGUCAACGACCUCGUCAACUCCAUCAACUCGCAGUUCGGUAACCUGAACUUCGCCCCAGUGCAACAUUACUACAUGCGAAUCCCUAAAGAUGUCUAUUUAUCGUUGUUGAGAGUUGCAGACCUGUGCCUCAUCACUACCGUUAGAGACGGUACCAACACAACCGCGCUCGAAUACGUUACCAUCAAGUCGCACAAGUCAGACUACCAAUGUUAUGGCAACCCACUGAUCUUGUCUGAGUUCUCAGGUAGCUCCACACUGCUGAAGGAUGCCAUCAUUGUGAACCCAUGGGACUCCGUCGCAGUUGCAAAAUCCAUCAACAUGGCUUUGAACUUGACCAAGUCCGCCGCCAGCGAAUUGCAGGCCAAGUUGUCCCCUGAGGUGCCCACCGUCCAAUCCUGGACGGACAAAUACUUGAAGACAUUGUCCAGUCAAAAUACGGAUCAAUCCAGCGGUGGGAAGAUCACACCGGCUUUGAACAGACCAGUACUGUUGGACACGUACAACCAGGCAAAGCGCCGUUUGUUUCUGUUUGAUUACGAUGGUACAUUGACUCCUAUUGUACAAGACCCGGCAGCAGCUAUCCCCACUGCCAAAUUGUACACCAUCCUGGAGAAGCUCGCUGCUGAUCCCCGGAACCAGAUUUGGAUCAUCUCAGGUAGAGACCAACAGUUUUUGGGGAAGUGGAUUGGGUCCAAGAACAAGAGGCUCGGGCUAUCCGCAGAGCACGGUUGUUUUAUCAAGGACAUUGACUGUCCUGAAUGGGUCAACCUGACUGAAAAGGUAGACAUGUCAUGGCAGGAACGUGUCGGGAAGGCAAUGGAGGAGAUCACGAAUAAGACACAGGGUUCCUUCAUCGAGAGGAAGAAAGUGGCCCUCACUUGGCAUUACAGGCGUGCUGUCCCGGAAUUGGGUGAGUUCCACGCAGCGGAGUUGAAAAAAAUGUUGAAGAGUGUCUGCGACGAGUACGACCUGGAAAUCAUGGAUGGUAAGGCCAACAUUGAGGUGAGACCAAGAUUCGUUAACAAGGGUGAGAUUGUCAAGAGACUCGUGUGGCAUGAACAUGGCACAGAACAGGAUCUAUUGAAACCCGUUAAUGAAAAAGUUGACAUCAACAAAAUGCCUGAUUUCAUUCUGUGUCUGGGUGAUGACUUCACUGACGAGGACAUGUUCAGAGAAUUGAACACGAUCGAGGACAAAUGGGAAGAAAAAUACCCUGAAAACAAGAACAGCCACAAAAAUUUCGGUAUUUACCCUGUGACCGUGGGUUCCGCUUCCAAGCAAACGAUUGCGAAAGCACAUUUGACCGACCCUGGUCAAGUCCUUGACACCUUGGGUUUAUUGAUUGGUAACGUUUCCCUGUUCCAAAGUGCAGGUACUGUUGAAUUGGAUAGUAGAGGCCACGUUAAGAACAGUGAGAGUAGUUUGAAAUCGCAGCUGGCUGGAGAAAAGUACAUACUGAAGAAAAGCGCCUCCUCAACGAGCAUCAAAAAGGUCAACAAAUGA